AUGAAAAAGCAAGUAGAUAUUUCACAAUUAUUAGAAGAUUGCUUUGAGCAUUUAGGAGUAGAAGUAAGUUAUUGCAAUAAUAAAAGGGAAGAAAUUUGUAAAGUAAGAGCGCUGAUAAAACGCCCUGAUGCCACGUACUCUAUAGGCAAAGAUGGAGCAUUAACUCACCAAAUAGCUUCUAUAGAAAUACGUGUUCAGGACGUUUUUUCCCUUUGGCAAGGUAUAGGGGAUUAUAUCAAGAUUGACACAAAAUACUACAAAAUUUUUGAACCACCAUUAAAAGAUUCUGUAAACAUGGUCUGGAGAAUUGAGGCAAUAGAGGGUGUUUAA